UAUCUUAAUGAUAAGGAGAACAAUACUAUGUUGAAAUCAGAAGACUAGAAAAAGGAAAAGGAAAAUCUUGUAACUACUUGUGUCGAUACAAUAAAAUACAUUCGAAAAUGUUGUACCUUUGUUAAAUAUGAGUAUUCCAGGUUAUAAGUAUCAGUUCAGGACAAAAUAACUUUUUUUAAAUGUAUGACAAUUUUUAAUUGAGUGACCCAUAUGGUUAAAUUUUGAAUUGCAUAUUCUAAGGAUUUCACGCUAACAUGUCUGUCGAAAUUAAUGGUGAAAAUGUUAUCAACAACGGACAAUCCAAAGUCCAGAGCGAUCAAAACACAAUGACUAUUCAAACACCUAGAGUUAAUGAAGAUAAACCUCUUUUAACUGGCACAACUACAAUGUAUAAUAAUGGAAACACCUGUCUUUCCCCACAAUCAAAACAGUUGCCUGAAAAAGAUAUUUCAAUUAAUUCAACUAAUGUUAUCAAAACAAAAGAUGGUAUAAUAAUUUCAUCUGAUUGUAACCCAUUAUUAAAUCGUCAAAUUGAAAAUCCAACAUCGAAUUUAGAUACAAUGAUACAUUUAUUAAAAGGAAAUAUUGGAACAGGGAUUUUAGCCAUGCCUGAUGCAUUUAGGAAUUCUGGUUGGUUUGUGGGCUUAAUUUGUACAGCUUUAUUAGGUGCUAUUUGUACACAUUGUAUGCAUGUCUUGGUAAGAUGUUCUCAUGAACUUUGCAUUAGAACUCAAACACCUUCUUUGUCAUUUCCUGAUGUUGCAGAAUAUGCAUUUGAAUGUGGACCAAUUAAAACUCAAAAGUUUUCACGUUUGGCAGGCAAAUUAGUUAAUAUUUUUUUAGUAUUAACACAAUUAGGAUUUUGCUGUGUAUACUUUUUGUUCGUAGCCACAAAUCUUCAAGAGGUAAUUGGUCAUUACUUCUUUUACAUGUCCGUGCAGUCCUAUUUAGUGUUGCUUUUGGUGCCCAUGGUACUUUUAAAUUGUGUUAAAAGUCUCAAAUAUUUGACUCCUGCAUCUCUCUUAGCUACAGUUCUUACAAUAGUUGGAUUAGGAAUUACAUUUUUCUAUCUACUUCAAGGUUUACCUAAGACAACAAGUGUUAAAGCAUUUUCUUCUUGGAAACAGUUACCAUUAUUUUUUGGUACAGCUGUUUAUGCUUUUGAAGGGAUUGGAAUGAUUUUACCACUAGAAAAUAAUAUGUUGAAUCCUGAAGCAUUUGGUGGAUGGACAGGUGUAUUAAAUACAGCUAUGGUUAUUGUAACUUGUCUUUAUACGUCUAUUGGUUUUUUUGGCUAUCUACGUUAUGGAGAUGCUGUAAAAUCUGGAAGUAUUACAUUAAAUCUUCCUGGGCAAGAUAUUUUAGCUCAGAGUGUUAGAGCAGCAAUGGCUCUUGCAAUAUUUUUGUCUUAUGGUCUUCAAUUCUAUGUUCCUAUUGGAAUAAUUUGGCCUGCUGUUAAAGGAUAUUUUCAUACUCAAGCUAGUCAACGUAAUGCUGAACUUUGUGUACGAGUUUUUCUUGUAACACUCACAUUUGCAUUGGCAGCUGCUAUCCCAAAUUUGUCUGCAGUAAUAUCUCUUGUUGGAUCAUUCAGUAGUUCAGCUCUAGCAUUAAUAUUUCCGCCAAUUAUUGAACUAAUGACAUUUUGGGAACAGAGUUCUGGAAAAGAAUUUGCGAUUAUGUUUAUUAAAGAUAUAAGUAUUAUUUUAAUUGGUUUUAUUGGAUUUGGUUUUGGGUCCUAUGCUAGUUUAUGUAACAUAUUUCAGCCUGUAAAUGCUUAAUUUUAGACUGGUUUGUAUAAACUACUCUUAUUAGUAUUUAACUUUUGAUCUUUAAUAUCAAUUUGUCUUCCUAUGUCAGUCAAUAAUUUUUAGUUGUGUAAUUAUUCAUUAUAACUAUCAACUAAUUAACUAUUCAUUAUACUUAUUGUAUAAUAUGGUGGUUUUGUUAAUUUUUGUUAUUUUUAUUAAAAAGAUUUAUUAAUAUUUAAUAAAUAUACCAUAAAGAUUAAAAAUGCUAGAUUACACAUUAUUACACUGUGUAUAGUGAGAUUUUUAAAUAAUUAAUUUAUGUAACCAUUAAGUAUUUCUUAGAUGGAAGUCUUUCACUCUACAUUAAAGUAAAUUUUAACAAAUAAUUAUUAUUUAAAAUUAUUGUUAUAAUUUUCCUUGUUAUGUUACAUUGAUAUACUUUGACAGUUGUAAAUGUAUGUUUUUUUAUUGAUAAUUGAUCCUCUGGGUUAAAUUCAAUUAUUUUACAUUUUAUCAUAAAAUUUAACUUGUACAGCUAUGUUUCUAAAGUAAUUUACUGCUGUUUUUGAUUUAAAAAUUUUUAUAAAUUAACUAAAAUUUGUCUGUUUUUUAGUGGAUAUAUAAUUUCUUAUCUUUAAAAUUAUGUUUACUAUAAAUUCCUUUAAAAUGAGGAACAAAUUAGUAAUAAUUGCUGAUUGGCUUUAUGAAAAUAUUUAACAUUCCUUUUUUGAUAUAAAAUUUUAUGUUAGGUUUCAAAACUAGAGAAUAAUUUUUUUUACAAUAAAAUUGAGUUUUGGUGGUGUUUAGGUUCAUCGAAAAUUUAUAUAUCUACAAAAUAUCACAUUAAACUAUGAACCCAUUUUUCAAAUUUACAAAUUUAUUAUCUUAGAUAUUAAAUAUCUCAGUAAAUGUAUACAUGCAUUUAUUUAAAACAUACGAAUAUUUUAAUGUGCUUUUCAUAUUAUUAAUUAAUAUUAAUAAAUAUUAAUAAUUGAUAAAUUUAAAUUAAAUUAGUUCAAAAUACAAUUUGUAAUUGUAUAAAUUAUUUUAUUUUUAACUAAGUUCAUUUUUAUUAUCACACAUAUUUAGCAUAAUUUUUGUUUAUUAUUUCUUAUAAUAAAUUAAACUACUUUUUAAAUAUAUUUAUAAUUUCUUGUAUUUUGUUUCCUAAUUAAUUAACUAUAUAUUGUACAGUUUAUAAUUUAUUAUAUUAUUAUUGUUAGUCAUUAUUAACAAUGUAAAAUAAUCAUGUUGCUUUUUAAUCAUAUGUUUAUAAAUACUUUAACUAUGUAAUGAUGUUGAAGACUAUGACAAUAAAUAUUAUCUUAGUCAUACUUUAUUGUUAAAUAUAUCAUAAUUAUUCUUUA